AGCCUGGUAUGAUCUUCGCACAUGGAGUGCUUGUCUUAACCGGCCCAUGGUCGCCAUAGUAAUCUCAUUCAUCCAGUCAUCAGUGUUCCAUCUCGGGAGGAAACACUCCCUCCAAGCACAUCUUCGCCAUUAUCACACUCAAUCCCAAAGCAGCCGUUGCUUACCCUCAACAUGUCCACUUUCGUUCCAAACCCCCGUAAGCAUUUCGACGGCUCCCUCCAUAAAAAGAGAUGUGGUCGUCCCAUCUCGUUCAUCCCACCUUCAUAUCCAACCAAGUCCAAACACACCCAUAAAGCAACAACCUUACACCACACCAGCUUUCCUUCACUCCAUCAAACUCACGCCAGAGCAACAUCCUACCCUGCCAUCUCUUUACACAUCCAACCUCACCACCACCAAACAACAAUGUCCUCCCAACUCACCUCCUCCACUAGCCUCACCCAGCUGGACACCCAUCUCUCCUCCCUCCGCGCCCGCAAAGCGCCUUCUAACGACUUCCAAGCCGCCUACAACGGCCAAUCUCCCGCCUCCUCAUCGGCCUUUGGACGUCGUUUCGAGCAGUUGCAGACGGAAGUCGAGAGCUUCCAGGGCGGGGAGCGGAGCGUUUCGCAGCUUUAUGCCGCCGGGAAGGAUGGGAUGGAAGCGCUGAAGGCGCUUUCCCGACGCCAACAGCAGGUGCUCAAGCCGCUGUCGGGGGCAGAACUUGCGCGGGUUGCCGGUGAUGGUGAUGGUGAUGGAAAGGCAAUCCAUCCCAGCAACGAUGAUUCGGGAAAUACGUUCCUGAACGACCUCCUCACCCCCACCGCCCCGGACCGACUCCUCGUCCUCCCGGCCGAAGCCCUCUCGACCCCGCGCUUCCGGACCUGCGCAAAGCGAGGCUGGGCCGGGACGUACAAGCCCUUGCCCUCAGAUAACGAGAAAGUCUUCGGCUAUGACCGCUUGCCCACACUCCCUCGCUCUUUGGGUCCCGCUCCAGGGUACGAUGAAACUGAGAUGAAGAUGCCGGCUGAAGUGGACAGUCUCGAGACGUUUGAGCCACUGUGGGCGCCAGCACCCGUGUUUGAGAGUCGGUUGGCGGUGGCGCAUGUGCAGCAUCUCGCAGAGUAUGCGCGGCUCUGCGGUAGCGAGGGGAGUUAUGAGGGAUUUUUCGCGGAGAAUGGUGGUGGGAAUGGGACGGUGGUGGACUGGAGGCACAGGCAGAUGAUGGCGCGGAUGCCUGGGAGUGUUAUCGCAAGGUUGAGGAGACGGCACGCCGACGUGCAAUCGCAGGGCAUAAUUCAGGAGGCUGUCGACGUUUCCACCGCCACAGAGCAGGAUGAAGCUGCUGUGUGGGCGACCUUCUUCGAGAAGGUCGACACGCAACAUCAGGAAGCCGGCCGACCCGGCAAGCUAAAGGAAUGGCACACCCUCGACGGCAAACCGGCGACGGACCUCGACCACCUGGUCGAGCACCUCGACUUCGACGGCCCGGAUCCUCCCGCCCCUCUUCUCGAUCCCCUUGCUGCUGGCUUGAGGAAAGAAGCCGAUGCGCUCGAGACGCGCGCGUGGCUCGUUGAGGAGGCGGGGAAGCGGGGGUACUCGGCCACGAAGGCGGGGAAAAUCUGCGACGACAUAAUGAAGAUGUCCGAGGUGACCGCGUACGCCGAUAACUGCCGGAGGUGGCUGGAAAUCGGCAAGCGGUCUUGGCAGACGGGGAGGUACGCCAAGUCCGGUCAGAAGGCGAAGGGGAAGGCGGCGCUGUCCCCGCGCGGUUGUCGUGGCGGAAAGACGGCCAUGCCUGCCUCAGCAGCUUUGGAGGGAUGCGAUGAUGGUGGCAAGGCUGGCACUGGCAGGAUGGAAGAGGCGCCAUUCCAAAAUGGUUGGCACGGUGCUGAGCUACCCUUGGCCACCACGACCACUACUCGCCGGUGCGGUGCCGUUGGGACGGCUGUAUGCCCGGUCGAGCGGCCAAAGAGGGUCUGCAGCAAGCCCCAGAAGCUUACGGAGGCUGAGGUUGCCAUCGCUGCUACAACAACGCAGCUUCGUAGCAAUGGCUGCGGGAAGCGGAAGCGGUCGGGAGAUGAGGAGGAUGGGCGCGUCUCCAAGAGAAUGCAGGCGUAAAGGGCGUCAUAUGGGCGAUGGUUAGCUGCGCCGGCGGUCACGGGGUUGGGAUGCUUGCUUCGACUCUUGCGUGGUUUUGAACUGCUAUCAACAUUAAACGCUGCGUUCUGCUGUUUGCUCAAAGGGUAUAAUAACGGUCUCCGAAGUCUCCCAGACCGGGUACGA